CAGGGCCAGGAUGUAGAACUGCAUUUCUGGACCCGACCGCACCUGAUUCGCUCAAGCUCUUCGUUCAGCGCUGUUUCUAGUUCUUUUGGACUUCAUUGUUCUUCUCCACUCCCAAAAUCACACCCAUUUCUGACUUCUUCAUCCCAAAGAAUCCUUCAACCUCUCACGUUUGAUCAGAUUAAUCGCUAUCAUGGGAUCGUGGUUCAGCUCCAACAAAAAGAGUAAAGAAGAGCUGGAGAUGGCGCUCAACGAGGCCAAGAAGAUAAUCUCCUCUCACCCCGUUGUUGUUUUUAGUAAGACUUAUUGUGGGUUUUGCACGAGGGUCAAGCAACUGCUCACACAGCUUGGAGCUAGUUAUAAGGUCAUUGAAUUGGACCAACAAAGUGAUGGAGAUACAAUCCAGUCGGCCUUAGAAGAGUGGACGGGCCAAAGCACAGUGCCUAAUGUGUUCAUCGGAGGAAAGCACAUCGGUGGUUGCGAUGCGGUUACAGAGAAGCACAACAGAGGUCAGCUGGUGCCACUUCUUACUGAUGCUGGUGCCAUUGCCAAUAACUCUGCUCAGCUGUGAACUUUGGUUAAACUGCUCCACAAGAUAGAGUAAUCAAGCAAAUGUAUGUUGGUGAAUUUUAGGUGUACAGAAACACUUAGUGUGUUUUUAAGUGGCUGUUUGAAUGAUGUAAAAUGUGAAAGCUGAAGAAAUCUAUGGUUACGGUUGAGUUCCUGCUUUGAAAAAUAUUUGCACCGUUAUUGACUGUUUAUUUGAAUUCCAAAUAUUGUAAGGUCAAAGUUUCGCGAUUGAGUUUGGGAUAGUCUCUAAAGAAAUUGUGAUAUUUGUAUUCUUAGCUAACAAUCUCAUAUUCAUGUAAGUUAGAUACUCGACAUGUGCGUGCGUACAUGGAAACUUGUAGUACAUAAAGGCUUGGGGGACUUGUAAUUCUCA